AAACGGAUUACAGGGAGGCGAGGCCGAGCCUGUGAAGGAGGGAGGAGGAGCUGGGUGUUGCCUCCCCUCCCUCCACAAGCGCUGGAAGUCAAGUCUGGGGUUCCCAGUUGAGCUCGAGCCCGUUAUUCGCCCCCACUUCCACGUUUCAACAACUCCGCUGCCAGUUACCUGCAUUAUCGGACCGCCAUGGGAGUCGAAGGCUGCACCAAAUUCAUGAAAUACCUGCUGUUUUUCUUAAAUUUCAUCUUCUGGCUUGCUGGAGGUGUGAUCCUGGGCGUGGCCCUUUGGUUGAGACAUGACCAAAAGAUCAGCAACCUGAUGUCGCUUGAAGUGGACGGAGCCCAUGCCCCCACCUCCUUCUACAUCUGUGUCCACAUUCUGAUCGCAGUGGGCACUGUGAUGAUGGUGGUCGGUUUCCUUGGCUGCUACGGCGCCAUUCAGGAGUCCCAGUGUUUAUUGGGAACUUUUUUCGUCUGCCUGGUCAUCCUGUUCGCCUGUGAAGUUGCUGCUGGGAUCUGGGGUUACAUGAACAAAGACACUGUUUCAAAGGAAAUGAAGAACUUCUAUGACUCUGUCUAUGACAUGGCCAUGUCAGACACUAUUAAUGACCCAACUAAAAAGUCGACUGUUGGACAAGUGCUCAAGGUCUUCCAUGAGACGCUUCAAUGCUGCGGUAAGGACAAGACGACCUCGGUUAUCUCAGUGUUAACAAGUAAAGUCGGCUUUCAGGACGUCUGCUCCAGCCAAUGGACCUUAGUUGACUGCCACGGGAAAAUUGAUGAACUCUUUUCAGAUAAGAUUUAUCUGGUGGGAAUUGCUGCGCUGGUGGUUGCUGUCAUAAUGAUCUUUGAGAUGAUCUUCAGCAUGGUGUUGUGCUGCGGGAUCCGCAACAGCCCCGUGUAUUAAAGCAGCUGAGUGGAUGGAAGAACCACAUCAGUCACAGCCUGUUUUCCUUCUCUUUUUUACAUCAAAUUAUUAUCAUAUAAUGCUUGCUGGAUUUAGUCAGCUCUUUAAAAUGCUGCCCUGAAAAAAAAAUAAAAAAAAAAAAAUAUAUAUUACACUGUUCCAUGUUUUUGUUUUUUUUUCACAGAUGCUGUCGUAUACAAGCAGCCCUAUCCUUUUAUGAUUUGUAGUGUGUUUUAAGUAAUCAUUCAUUGGUUCCAAUCACCGGUCAAGGUGCUGUAGUUCUUUGGAGUUUUUUUUUUUUUAAGUUCGUUUUGUGUGUAUUGGUUUUUACUUCAGUCCUGCCUAUGAACAUGCUCAUACAUUCUCUGUUUUAUAGGUUUAUUUGACUGUUUUCUGUAUAAACUGUAUAUAAAUAUAUGUUAAUGGUGCUUUAUGUCUGCCUGAGCAUAGAUAUGGUAUUACACAAGGUGUCUAUCCAGUAGUUUCUCUUUACUAACCUCUGCUUGAUUGUCUCGCUUUAGACUGUGUGUUACUAACACUUCAGCGGUCGGCCUUAUCGACAGACGAAGCUCACCCCACAUCCAUGUUAAUAUGGUAUGUCUGCAUGAAUCUAGUUCAUCUCAAACGCUGUUGGGAACACCAGUCAACAGUGUUUGCUGCAAGUAUUUACUAAUCUUAGGAAGAAAAAAAGGUUUUCUUGCACUUAAACUAAACGUUUAGAUCUUUAUUUACCCUCACCAGCUGCCGCAACGAAUUUAAAAGUGAGUACAACGACAAGACCGAGCCACUACAGAAGUUAUGCUCGAAGGUUUAUCAGAACUUCUGACUUCCUUUGUGGCUUUUGCAAAUCGUUGACCACCGUAUCCGUCUCCGUUUACAUGGUGACGUCCUCCUCUGACCUCUGACCUUUGAACGUUGAUGUUUACCAUCCAUGUACCAACACAUUUUAGUAGAGGCCCAGAUGGGGCAGGGGCAGCAGAUCUGUUUGGGUCCAAAUUUACUGUAUAAGAUGCAGCUGUUGCUCACACACACGCAUACACACACACACACACACACACACACACACACAUGCACAUCAGCACUGCCUGGAAACACUUCACUGCAUCUUUCUAACCCCUAUGUAGUCUUAGCCUAUAUAAACCAUGCCUUGUAAACUGAGAAACAGUGGAAGUGUGUAAUACACCUUUAAUGUAUCCUAGUAGAGAAGGUUGUAGAGAACAAUGUAUGCCUUUUUUCUCUUUGUAUUGCGAUAUCUUUGUCUGGUAUGUCAAACAAAGUCUGGUGAGGGGGAGAGAGGUGUUCAGUGGCAGGGUCAUCUUUUCCCCCAGAUUAUUCAAAUAAACUAAAAAGAAUAAAGUACCGCAUUUAUUUGGCUCUUAAUGAGGACACACUGUGUUUCUCCAGGUCAAUAUACUUUCUAUUUGACAAAGAACGCUCACUGCCAAAAGUCUGGCCCUCUUUUUGCCCUUGUGGACUUUGUUUUGCCCGGAUUUAAAGGGAUUAAAUGUAUUUUCCAAGUAA